CACCAGCCCCUGACUGCCACAGCUGUGCUAACUGCACUGACCUGCCUCUUAACCAUGGGGCCACCGGCCAGGGUGCAAGAGCAGGGUCCCUACCCCGUACUGCCUAGUGACAACCUCUGGUCCCCUUUGGACAGGGCCCUCCUGGACUUACUCUCCAUGGAACGACCCCAGCAGGGAUGAUGGCUUGGCACUAGUGAAGGGGGGAAGGUUUGGUGUCCCCUCGCUGCUCCUCAUUUAGUCCAUCUCUCCCCACUGUGUUUCCAUGUCCACACAUCUCCAGCAGCCGGAUGGGGGGAGGUCGGGUGCUCUCAGGGCUGUGGGUGACAACUCUUCUGUUCCUUGUGUUCUUCCUUCUCUUCCUCUGGAGACCUGCUGGUGCCUCGGAGGUUACUAACAAGAGGGGCCAAGAGGCCGGGGGAGGUUGGCAGCCUUCUUGGGGCAAGCAGCAGAACCAGCAUUGUCCUGGGGCCACAGGGACCUGUCACGAGGGGGGGAGUGAGCAGGGGCAGGAGCCACAGUGCAAGAGCUGCCCACAGCCCCAGGGCCACCAGCCAGGGCCAGCCUUGUGGGAAUGCUGCAGCCUUGUGACCUUGGCCGUCAACCUCCCACGGGGCUCGUAGGGCCCAGCUCCUCUUUGAACUGAGUGUCUGUCUCUCUGGUGGCCCCUUGCUUCCCCUCUGCCUCCUCCCUGCCUCCCAACCUCUCUUCCUGCCCUGGCCGCACCUUCCCUGGCCUCUCCCGUGCUCUUGCUGGCUCCAGCUUUCUACACGGCGGCACCGCUCACCUCGGCCGGGAUCCUGCCCGUCAUGCAGUCCCUGUGCCCCGAUGGCCAGCGCGACGAGUUCGGCUUCCUGCAGUAUUCCAACUCCACCUGCAGUGGUGCUGGGCUCCUGCAGGGUGACACAGCUGCUGGAGCACCUCAGUGAAGCGGUGGAGCAGAGCAGCCUCUUCGACCCAGAGCACCCGGGGCUGGAGGAGGAGCUGGAGUCGCUGCGCAGACAUUUGGAAGCUCUCAGCAGCAGUGAGCCCAGCUCCAUGGAGACCCACUUCAGUAACCCAGCAGGAUCCAGUUUCACACUGGCAUGGGCAGCCAAGGACCGCAGUGAGCUGCACCGCUUCCUGACACAGAACCUCUCCUUGCCCAACAGCACGGCUGAGCUGCUCCUGGGCUCCAGUGUUGACCUGCGGGAGGUUUAUCGCCUGUUCUUCGGUUCCUUUCCUUUGGUGUCCGAUGAGACCUGGGAGCGAGACCUGUGGGAUGGGUUUGGUGCCAGUGAGAAGAUGACACGUCUGGAGCAGAGUCUGCCAGGCGGCUGGAGAAGCCUGCGGGAGGGGCUGGUGCACAGGGCACUGCGGGACCCCACCGCAGCCCCACACCGUCCAGCACUGCUGCGCCUGCUCUCCCGGGCCCUGGGCCUUGCCACACCAGCACCCGCUGCCUCCAACAGCCCCCAGGCCCUGGUCACAGAGAUGGAGGGUGUCCUCUUCACGGGGCCGGUGCUGGAGCAGCUGACGUGUGAGCGGAGCCCUGCAGGGCUGCGGCGCCUCCUGCGCGUGGGCCCGGCGCAGCAGCCGGUGCUGCAGGCGUACCGCAUGCUGGCCUGCAACGGCAGCCGUGCUGCCCGCCGCGACCGCUUCAGCCAGCUCGCGGCUGAGCUGCGGGAGCAGCUGGACACCCCCAGGAUCGUCAGCAGGCUGAAGCUGGAUGAGGUGAACAGCACGGCUGCCCAGCACCGCCUCCAUGCCCUCCUCGAGGACCUGGUAGAGAUGGAGAAGGUUCUCCGUGACGUGAACAUCCUCUCAGCACUGGCCAAGCUGUUGCCCAGGGGAGCCUGUGCCAGCAAGGCCCCACCACCCACUGCCAACAGCACUGGCUGGGUCAGUGCUAAUGCCACAGCCAGCAACACCACAGCGGAGGAGGGUGCCGGGGGGAGCCCGGCUGGGGGUGAGAACCCCCAGGGACAGUUCUCAGCAUUUGUGCAGCUCUGGGCUGGGCUGCAGCCCAUCCUCUGCGGCAACAACCGGACAAUCGAGCCUGAGGCGCUGAAGCAGGGCAACAUGAGCUCACUGGGCUUCACCAGCAAGGAGCAGCGGAACCUGGGCCUCCUCGUGCACCUGAUGACCAGCAACCCCAAAAUCCUGUAUGCGCCUGUGGGCACUGAAGUGGAUAAGGUCAUCCUGAAGGCCAACGAGACUUUUGCCUUUGUGGGCAACGUCACCCACUAUGCCAAAGCAUGGCUGAACAUCUCCCCUGAGAUCCGUGCCUACCUGGAGGAGGGCAGGCUGCAGAGGCGCAUCCGCUGGCUCCAGCAGUUCACUGCUGACCUGCACAAGCACCCAGAGAUCCUGAAUGUCUCCGACAGUGACGUUCUCCACAACUUCCUCAACGGCAACUUCUCCCUGCCCAACGCCAGCGUCCUGCUCCAGCAGCUGGACACCAUCGACAAUGCUGCCUGUGGCUGGGUCCACUUCAUGGCCAAGGUCAGCGUGGACAUCUUCAAAGGCUUCCCAGAUGAGGAGAGCAUCGUCAACUACACCCUGAACCAGGCCUACCAGGACAACGUCACCGUCUUCGCCAGUGUCAUCUUCCAGACCAACAGGGACGGGUCGCUGCCUCCCCACGUCAUGUACAAGAUCCGGCAGAACUCCAGCUUCACGGAGAAGACCAACGAGAUCCGGCGGGCAUACUGGCGGCCUGGCCCCAAUACUGGUGGCCGCUUCUACUUCCUCUAUGGCUUUGUCUGGAUCCAGGACAUGAUGGAGCGUGCCCUCAUCAACACAUUUGUUGGCCAUGACGUGGUGGAGCCUGGCAACUAUGUGCAGAUGUUCCCGUACCCAUGUUACACCCGGGACGACUUCCUCUUUGUCAUUGAGCAUAUGAUGCCCUUGUGCAUGGUGAUCUCCUGGGUCUACUCAGUGGCCAUGAUGAUCCAACACAUUGUGACAGAGAAGGAACAUCGCCUGAAAGAGGUGAUGAAGAUGAUGGGUUUGAACAAUGCAGUGCAUUGGGUGGCUUGGUUCAUCACUGGCUUUGUCCAGCUCUCCAUCUCGGUCACGGCGCUCACGGCCAUCCUGAAGUAUGGCAAGGUCCUGAUGCACAGCGAUGUCCUCAUCAUCUGGCUUUUUCUUGCCAUCUACGCAGUGGCCACUAUCAUGUUCUGCUUCCUGGUAUCCGUGCUAUACUCCAAGGCCAAGCUGGCCUCCGCCUGUGGUGGCAUCAUCUAUUUCCUCAGCUAUGUGCCCUACAUGUAUGUGGCCAUCCGGGAGGAGGUGGCACACGACAAGAUCACAGCCUUUGAGAAGUGCAUCGCGUCCCUCAUGUCCACCACAGCCUUCGGGCUGGGCUCCAAGUACUUUGCACUGUAUGAGGUGGCUGGUGUGGGCAUCCAGUGGCACACCUUCAGUCAGUCGCCUGUGGAAGGAGAUGACUUCAACCUCCUUCUGUCCAUGAUGAUGCUGAUCGUGGAUGCUGUGGUGUACGGGGUGCUCACAUGGUACAUCGAGGCUGUGCACCCAGGUAUGUUUGGCUUGCCGCGGCCCUGGUACUUCCCCUUCCAGAAGUCCUACUGGUUGGGCAACGGGCGAGUGGAGACCUGGGAAUGGACGUGGCCCUGGUCCCGCACCACCCGCCUCAGCAUCAUGGAGGAGGAUCAGGCCUGUGCCAUGGAGAGCAGGAGGAUGGCAGAGGAGACACGUGGCAUCGAGGAGGAGCCCACCCACCUCCCUUUGGUUGUCUGCAUUGACAAGCUCACCAAGGUCUACAAGACAGACAGGAAGCUGGCGCUGAAUAAGCUGAGCCUCAACCUCUAUGAGAACCAGGUGGUGUCCUUCCUGGGGCACAACGGCGCAGGGAAAACCACCACCAUGUCCAUCCUCACUGGCUUGUUCCCCCCAACCUCGGGCUCCGCUACCAUCUAUGGCCAUGAUAUCCGAACGGAGAUGGAUGAGAUCCGGAAGAACCUGGGCAUGUGUCCGCAGCACAAUGUGCUGUUUGACAGGCUGACAGUGGAAGAGCACCUCUGGUUCUACUCGCAGCUCAAGAGCAUGGCAGAGGAGGAGAUCCGCAAGGAGAUGGACAAGAUGAUUGAGGACCUGGAGCUGUCCAACAAACGUCACUCUCUGGUGCAGACCCUCUCAGGGGGCAUGAAGAGGAAGCUCUCAGUGGCCAUAGCCUUUGUGGGUGGGUCACGGGCCGUUAUCUUGGAUGAGCCCACAGCUGGUGUGGACCCAUAUGCACGCAGAGCCAUCUGGGACCUCAUCCUCAAGUACAAGCCAGGGAGGACCAUCCUGCUUUCCACCCACCAUAUGGAUGAGGCUGACCUGCUGGGUGACCGUAUCGCCAUCAUCUCCCAUGGCAAACUCAAGUGCUGUGGCUCUCCACUCUUCCUUAAGAGCACGUACGGUGACGGCUACAAGCUGACAGUAGUGAAGAAGCAGUCAGACACCAGGAAUGGCACAGAGCCAGCCCAGCCGCACAGCCCGCCGGCCCACUGCUCCGUCAGCCCCUGCUCUGAGCCUCGCGUCUCCCAGUUCAUCAAGAAGUAUGUGGCCUCCUGCCUCCUCAUCUCGGACACCAACACUGAGCUCUCCUACGUCCUGCCCAGCGAGGCUGUCAAGAAGGGGUGCUUUGAGAGGCUCUUCCAGCACUUGGAACAGAGCCUGGAGGAGCUGGACCUCACCAGUUUUGGGCUGAUGGACACCACGCUGGAGGAGGUCUUCCUGAAGGUGUCUGAGGAGGACCAGUCGCUGGAGAACAGUGACGCGGACAUGAAGGAGUCCAAGAAGGACACCCUGCAGCCACCCACCACCGAGCUGGGCGCAAAGCCUGAGGCCAACGGGGAGAUCCUGGCCGAAGCACCCGUCCUGGGGAAGCCCGAGGUGGAGCUCAGCAACCUGGUGACGUGCUCCAAGCUGGCACAGUCACAGGCGUCCCUGCGCUCAGCCUCCUCGGUGGGCUCCGUGCGGGGUGACGAAGGUGGGGCUUAUUCUGAGUUCUUUGGGGACUACGCGCCCCUGUUCGAUAACCGGCAGGACCCCGAUAACAUCAGUCUGCAAGAGCAAGAGGCGGAGGUGGAGGACCACGACCUGGCUGGGCAGGGGAGCUUCAAGCUGGAGGGCUCCUGGCUGAAGCUGCGCCAGUUCCACGGGCUGAUCGUCAAACGCUUCCACUGUGCCAAGCGCAACACCAAGGCCCUCUUCUCGCAGAUCCUCCUGCCUGCCUUCUUCGUCUGCGUGGCCAUGACAGUGGCACUCUCUGUGCCUGAAAUAGGUGACUUGCCACCCCUCAUCCUCUCGCCGUCGCAGUACCACAACUACACCCAGCCGAAGGGCAACUUCAUUCCUUAUGCCAACGAGGAGCGGCGUGAAUACCGCAUCAGGCUGUCUCCUGAUGCCAGCCCUCAGCAGCUGGUGAACACUUUCCACCUGCCCUCCGGUGUGGGGGCCACCUGUGUUCUCAAGACACCCUUCAACAACACACUGGACCAACCCAUGCAGAACCUCAACAGCAAUGAGUCCAAGAUGCUGGCGGCCAAGUACUUCGAUGCCAUGUGCAUUGACUCCUUCACCCAGGGCUUGCCGCUCUCCAACUUCGUGCCACCGCCUCCAUCCCCGGCUCCCUCCGAUUACCCCAUCUCGAUGGAUGAGGACCUGCUCCGUGCCUGGAACUCCACGACUUUCUCUUCUGCCGUCAAAGAGACCGUGACCUCGGCUCCUGCCCUGCCCCACAUUGUCCACGAGCCCAUCAAGUGCACAUGCUCCAUGCAGGGGACUGGCUUCUCCUGUCCCAGUGGUGUGGGGGGCCACCCGCCGCAGAUGAAGGUGGUGACAGGGGACAUCCUGGCAGACAUCACAGGGCGCAACGUCUCUGAGUAUCUGCUCUACACCUCGGACCGCUUCCGGCUGCACAGGUAUGGGGCACUCACCUUCGGCAACGUCCAGAAAUCCAUCCCGGCCUCCUUUGGGGCCAGGGCUCCUGCCACGGUGCGCAAGAUCGCUGUGCGGAGAACGGCCCAGGUUUUCUACAACAACAAGGGCUAUCACAGCAUGCCCACCUACCUCAACGCUCUCAACAACGCCAUCCUGCGAGCCAACUUGCCCAAGAGCAAAGGCAACCCUGCUGCCUAUGGCAUCACGGUCACCAACCACCCCAUGAACAAGACGAGUGCCAGCCUGUCCCUGGAUUACCUCCUGCAAGGUACCGACGUGGUGAUUGCCAUCUUCAUCAUCGUGGCCAUGUCGUUUGUGCCAGCCAGUUUUGUGGUGUUCCUGGUGGCUGAAAAGGCCACCAAGGCCAAGCAUCUGCAAUUUGUCAGUGGCUGUGACCCUGUCAUCUACUGGUUGGCCAACUACGUGUGGGACAUGCUGAACUACCUGGUGCCGGCCACAUGCUGCAUCAUCAUCCUGUUCGUGUUCGACCUCCCGGCAUAUACUUCUCCUACCAACUUCCCCGCCGUCCUCUCCCUCUUCCUGCUCUAUGGCUGGUCCAUCACACCCAUCAUGUACCCUGCCUCCUUCUGGUUCGAGGUGCCCAGUUCUGCCUACGUCUUCCUCAUUGUCAUCAACCUCUUCAUCGGCAUCACAGCCACUGUCGCCACGUUCCUGCUGCAGCUCUUUGAGCAUGACAAGGAUCUGAAGGUGGUGAACAGCUACCUGAAGAGUUGCUUCCUUGUAUUCCCUAACUACAACCUGGGUCAUGGCUUGAUGGAGAUGGCCUAUAAUGAGUACAUCAACGAAUACUAUGCCAAGAUUGGGCAGUUUGAUAAAAUGAAAUCACCCUUCGAAUGGGACAUCGUGACGCGGGGGCUCGUUGCCAUGACAAUCGAAGGCUUUGUCGGCUUCUUCAUCACCAUCAUGUGCCAGUACAACUUCUUCCGGAAGCCCCAGCGGUUGCCUGUCUCCACCAAACCAAUUGAGGACGACAUCGACGUGGCCAACGAGCGGCACCGGGUCCUGCGCGGCGAUGCUGACAACGACAUGCUGAAGAUUGAGAACCUCACCAAGGUGUACAAGUCCCGCAAGAUCGGGCGCAUCCUGGCCGUGGACCGGCUCUGUGUUGGUGUGCGGCCCGGGGAGUGCUUUGGGCUGCUGGGUGUCAAUGGAGCGGGCAAGACCACCACCUUCAAGAUGCUGACAGGGGACGAGAGCACCACUGGUGGAGAGGCCUUCAUUAAUGGGCACAGCAUCCUGAAGGAGCUCCUGCAGGUCCAGCAGAGCUUGGGUUAUUGCCCCCAGUUCGAUGCACUCUUUGAUGAGCUGACAGCCCAGGAGCACCUCGAGCUCUACACCCGCCUGCGUGGCAUUCCCUGGAAGGAUGAGGAGCGGGUGGUCAAGUGGGCCCUGAAGAAGCUGGAGCUGACCAAGUAUGCGGACAAACCUGCCAGCACCUAUAGCGGGGGCAACAAGAGGAAGCUCUCCACGGCUAUUGCACUGAUUGGAUACCCAGCCUUCAUCUUCCUGGACGAACCCACCACGGGGAUGGACCCCAAGGCACGGCGCUUCCUCUGGAACCUCAUCCUGGAUGUCAUCAAAACGGGGCGCUCCGUGGUGCUCACAUCUCACAGCAUGGAGGAGUGCGAGGCGCUCUGCACCCGCCUGGCCAUCAUGGUCAACGGGCGGCUCAAAUGUCUUGGCAGCAUCCAGCACCUGAAGAACCGGUUCGGUGAUGGCUACAUGAUCACAGUGCGCACCAAGUCCAGCCUCAACGUCAAGGAGGUGGUGAGGUUCUUCAACCGCAACUUCCCCGAGGCUGUCCUCAAAGAGCGGCACCACACCAAGGCCCAGUACCAGCUGAAGUCGGACCAGAUCUCACUGGCGCAGGUCUUCAGCAAGAUGGAGCAGGUGGUGGACGUGCUGGGCAUUGAAGACUACUCUGUCAGCCAGACCACGCUGGACAAUGUAUUUGUGAAUUUUGCCAAGAAGCAAAGUGACAACCUGGAGCAGCAGGAGACGAGCCCAAGCUGCGCCUUGCAGUCACCCCUGGAGCGUGUGCUGAGCCUGCUGCGCCCUCGGGCUGCCCCCACUGAGCUGCGGGCCCUGGUGGUGGAAGAGCAGGAGGACCUGGAAACUGACGACGAAGGCCUCAUCAGCUUUGAGGAGGAGAGGGCUCAGCUCUCCUUCAACACGGACACUCUGUGCUGAGACCCCGGUGCAGCCAUGUCCCCCAGCUGUGAAGCCACCGAACCCUUUCGGCCUCUCCCCUCUGCGC